AUGGAGAACAUUAGGAUAAACGGCGAUUUAUCAAAGAGAAUAUCAUUAUCAUUGCAAAUUACACAUAUAAUAAUAUUGAAUUAUUAUGUAGAUAUUGAGAAUUUUAUCAAGCUUUCAUACAAGCAACAAUUGGAGCUUGUCACAGAGCAAGAGAAGCAAAGGUUGAACUUAUAUGGUGAUUAUAUUAUAAAUUGUAUUCCCUUAAAUAUUAGGAAACUAAAGAUUAGAGAGAUACUUGAAGAUCAGGGAAAAAAUAUAAUAUUAUCAGAGGAUGAAAAAACUGAGAUUUUAAAUAAGCUGAGUGAAAUUGUUAGUUUGAAAUCAUUCAAAUCGGAAUCAAUGCUAGAGAGCUCCUCUCCAGAAUUAAAGAAUGUUGGACUUUAUAAGGAUCACCUUAAGAAGUCAAGAGUGAAGCUCUUGCCAAUCUCUAAUACAUGUUAUACGAUAAUUAGAGAAAAGACUGAGGAUUUCUGUCAAAGUGAAUGCGAUGAAAAGAUGGAAAACAAUAAUUAUAAUGAACAAAUUCAACGAGACAAAAAUAAGGAUACUUUAAAAAAUCAAAUACUAGAUUCAAACGUGGUUAGAGACAUAAUAAGCUCAUUAUAA